GAGCGCCAGAUGCUUGCAGAGCUUGACGAGAUGCCCACCUUCCCCGACGGUGAGCGCUCGGGCAAAGGCCAGGGCACGGGCCGCUUCACCCAGCGCAAGCGCCAGGAGUUUGCCUCGAUGCGGGACACCAUCACCACCGAGGUGUCAGAGUCGGUUGCCAAGACCAUCACCUCCAAUCACAACACGUUGCUCAAGAUGCUGUCGUCCAUGCAGGGCGAAGUGGCAAAACAAUCCAGUGCCAUCGAGAGCCAGGUUCAAUCGGCGAUCGCACCCAGACUCGACUCGCUCAACAGACGCCUACAAGCCCAGCUUGACGAGCAGAAGCGCAGCAUCGACGCGCUGGAGGGCAGAGCCGACGAGCAUGACAAGUCCAUCCAGGAUCUUCAAGACCAGCUGGCGGAGCUACGUCGCCAGAUGGCCAUCGCUGAACAGACUCCCAGGAAGCAGCUGGCUGCUCCCACCUCCUUCGACCGCGAGGAGGACACCACGAUCGUUGUUGCCGUCUCACAGCGACCGACUACCUUGGCGUCAGUGGUCUCAACGCUACGCCCGUGGCUCGGCGAGAAUGGCUUUGAUGACGAACAGUAUGAAAUCAAGCAGAAGGGUGAGUCCCCGGCCAGGAGGUUCGAGAUCUGCUUCUCGGGCUCGGCCACCAUCGCCUCGCGCCGUGCCAGCAAGGCCACCUCGCUCCUCAAGGGACCCGACGGCUGGAAAGAGUUCUGGGUCGACCCUCCAGGCGCCGAGCGAUGCCGUUUGCACCUCGGCCCCGACAAGUCACCCAAGCGCAUCAAGACCGAGGUCACCCUCCGCAAGGCCAGGGCGAUCAUCGAGCUGCAGUACCCAGGCAAGCGAUUCUACUCCGACCGCGAGCAUGGCGCCCUCUCCAUUGGGUGGGACAAGAUCAUGCACGCCAACGUCUUCCAUGGCGACACCCCGCCCAAGAUCUACUGGGACUCUGCGCAGCUCGCCAAGCACGCCAUGGCUAUCGACACGCUCCGCAAUGCUGUCAAGGCUGGCGGGGAUAAGGCCAUCCUGAAGAGAAAGUAUGUUCUCAGUCUUCGUCCCCUCUCCACGGUCAUCGCGCUGCAGGAGGUGCACCAGGACCACUUCCAGCUCGACUCGUUCUUCCGAUCGAUUGCGUCGGGCCUCGCGAUCCACUCCAGCUUCAUCUCUGACGCAGAUGACGGGCAUCGGCGGGGUGGGGUUGCUGUGGUGCUUCCGCCGUUGGCUUGUCAGGGCCUCACCGCUCCGUCCUCAUCAUCCACUGUUCUGGUUCCUGGCCGAGUGAUGCUAGUCCGAGUUUGGGAUGACUGCCGCACGCUCGACAUUUUCAACAUUCACAAUCAUGGUCUGUCCGCCCAGCAAGUUCGUGAAGUGGCUGCUGCGAUACGAGUAUCGCAACGUGCUGCCGCCCUCGACCCCGACAUGUACACCACCUUUGUUCUCGGGGACUUCAAUUUUGCCACGCACGAGGCUCUCGCUCUCGCUGCCCCCGCGGCGGCCGUGCGCAAGCUGUCGAAGUGCCACCACGUGCAGGCGCCCAAGUGGCGCCAGGCCCUCGCCCUCCUGACCGAGAUUGCGUGCGAGGACCCCACGCACUACGAGAAGUUCAACGACUCGUGCGCGACGAUCGACCGCGUCUUCUGCUCGAUCACGGGCUGGCAGCUCUGCCAGCUGUUUGUCCAGAUUGGCACGCUUGGCUCGCCGGCGGCCGUCGCUGCCGUUGUUCUCUCGCUUGCCUGCCGCCCGCCUCGUCCAGUGGAGUCCCGCCCCAUCCCCAAGCACCUGUUCUCUGAGCCUGGUUUCAAGCGUCGCCUGGAGGGGCUGUGCUCCUGCAUCCCGCGGGACUCCAUGUCGCCCCCGUUCAAGGUUGAAAAGUACAAGGAGCUUUUGAAGAUUUCGGCCGCGGAGACCAGGGACGCCCUCUUUCGAGACAGACCACAUCACCCGCACACCUGCCUCCUGCUCGCUCGCGCCCUCGCCCGUGUGGUUUGGAGACAAGACCUACGCAUGGCUUCCAGGCUCCAGGACUCCCACCCCCUAGCCAUAGACAUGAUAUCGAUUACCAACGGGAAGGUCGAGAUCCGCCACCCGCCGUCCUUCCAGGCUUGGGUCGACCAGGUCCAGACUGAGGCUGCUGAGUCCGCGAAGGCCUUCCCGUCCCUGAAUCAGGACUUCCUCAUUCUCUCCCUUAGGGCCCUCAAGCUGCCCGAGGCUUUCGUGUCCUUCGUCGCGUUCCUAUAUGCAUCGGUGGAAGGGGUUGUCUCGCACCUAGGCUCGCUUGUGCACAUCUUCUGGAUCCAGAGCGGCAUCAUCCAAGGUUGUGCCUUAUCAGGCACUCUCUAUGCGUUGAGUACGGCUGUCUUCUUGGUCGACCUGGCGUCUCGGGUGGAGGCCGCUGGCCUUGGCCUGGUUCGGGCCUGUGCUGAUGACAUUGGGGGCGCGUUAUUGGCCAUACGCCACCUAGUUCAUGUAUAUCGGGUUAUGAAGAUGGCCUCGGACUUGGCCAACCUCGCCUUGAAGGUCUCGAAAUGCAAGAUUGUCCCGCUGUCUGACAGGUUCUCGCCCAACCUCUCCGCCACAGUCUCCUACUGGGUCUCCCAUCUGGUCCCCGAGUGGAGCUCGUUCGAGGUGGCUCCCAAGCUGCUCUACCUGGGCCUCUGGUUGGGGCCUGCUGUUGUUCCGUCCACUUCGUGGAUUGACCCCGUCGCCAAAUUGCGUCUCAGGGCCCAAGCCAUCGGGCGGGGAACCGCUCCCGCCAGCCUUUCCGCUACACUGUACAAUACUCGGGCCGUCACGACCAUAUCUUACGUUGCCCAAUUCUGCUGGCCACCAGCGUCCGUGCUGCAGCCUGAGUUGUCGACGCUCGCGCAGGUGUUCCGCAUCCCGCUCGGCACUUUCGCCCUCGACUUCUGGACGCAGAUCGCUCAGUGGGGCGGCCCGCGCUGCACGCGGUGGGGGCACCUGGCGGUCGCCACCAUCACGCGGGCUGCGCUGCACACGUUCCCUGGCUGGGAGAGGCUUCUCCAGCAGCUGAGGAACCACGCGAGCUCUGCCCCGUACGAUGCCACCCUGUCCAUGCUGGCGACCGGCAAGCCGUGCCCGUCCUUCUGGUUGGCCCCCGCAUUUGUGGAGAACCUGGAGCUGGCUGCGGCUCACGAAGCGCUGCGGGCCUAUGCGGUGAUGAACAAGCCUAUCACGGACCUCUUCGUGCUGCGCCUGAGGAAGUUCGCUGGCAGGUCGGCGGGCCUCUUAUCGCACAUCGACUGGGGCGUGUGCAAGAGCGUCCUCGCCCGCUGCCCGUGUUCGUGGGCCAUGGCAGUCCUGCGCACUUGGUCUGAUGGCUGGAUGACUUCGGCCCGUAUCAUCUCUCCUGACGGGCAGAAGCAUUGCGUUUUUGGUUGUCUCGGCAAGCUCGACUCGUUGCGGCACUAUGCGAGAUGCCCCGUCAUGCACCGUGCCCUUCGACAGGCUCUCGCGAGACCGUUCCCGCUCCCGUGGAUGUCCAGAUGGGGCUUAUCUGAGCCCUCGCUGGCCACCUUCUCGGCAAUGGCGGCCGCCUACAACAUGUACAACGAAGCGAGGCUGGCGCCCGUGUGGCCCCUGUCCCCGCCCCUCCUCCGCAGCUGCGCUCUCGCUGGUGUACGUUCGAUGCAGCUUGCGUCACCGCUGAAGUGCUCGGAGAUCGACCGCGACCAGCUCGGCCGACGGGACUACCUCAUCCGCACUUCCAGCGACACCGCCAGCUACGUGCUCUCCCUCGGCGUCGGCGACUUCCUCCCCACCUUCCUCCGCGCCCCCGCCGUUGACGCGCCCCACUUCAACUCUGAGAGCGACCCCAUCUCCUCCAACGGCGUUGAGAACUCCACGGAUGGCGGCCGCCUGCUCAUCAUUGUCGCCGCCGGCCCCAAUUUCGCCCUGUGCUUCUGUGUCGCCGUCCCCGCCAGUGACGCUCUCGUCUACGGGCUCGCUUGCCUCGUCGCCUCCCAUCGGCGUUAG